AUGACUUCCCCUCAUAUCGUGGCGCCGUUAACGCCUACAAAAGCUCCCAUCACGGCUUCUCAAACCAUCCGAAUACCGACCGACAUGCACGAGGCCGAAACAGAUAUUGAUCCCACCGAGUGGAAGCCCGUCAUACAUACAGACGCUCGGUCUUCUAGUGUGAUGACUUCGGAUGCGUGGAAGUACCUGUCAAAAUUCCACGGCGACGAGUUUGCACUUCCCAUGCGUCGUGCAAGAGCUCGCAACACGAGCUCAACAAGCCUGUCGACUCUUCCUUCGCUGAGCAACACUCCGUCCACUCCUUCAUCUGUGAGCAGCGUGGCUUCGGAUUAUAUGAGCCACAUGUACGAAACCGCCCAUCGCCCUCUACCUCCUCGUCACAAGCCCUGCUUCUCCGGUAGCGGCAGUGUCACCAAAGGCGUGGAGUUGGUGGUUCCUCAUAUCACAGUGAUUCCGGACUCACCUGUCAACCCGACCGAUAGCGGGUCUAUCUUUCCUGCCAGCAGCGGUCUCUGGAACCCGAAAACUGAGGUUACUCCGGUCAUUUCUGUGCCUGAGGGAACCGACAAAACACACUGA